CCCUCCUCUCUCUACUCAUCCCUCCCACUCUCUCCCUCUCUCCCUCUCUCUCUCUCCUCACUUACAGCAGCAGAAGCAGACAUGGCGACGGUGGUCCAGCCGCUGACUCUGGAGCGAGAUGUGGCACGAGCGAUUGAGCUGCUGGAGAAGCUGCAGGAGUCGGGUGAUGUUCCUGGCCAUAAGCUCCAGUCUCUGAAGAAGGUUCUACAGAGUGAAUUCUGCACAGCCAUCAGAGAGGUCUACCAGUACAUGCAUGAGACAAUAACAGUAAAUGGCUGUCCAGAGUACCAAGCUCGCGCCACAGCAAAGGCCACGGUGGCAGCUUUCGCAGCAAGUGAAGGUCACUCUCACCCGCGAGUGGUAGAGCUGCCGAAGACCGACGAGGGGCUGGGUUUUAACGUGAUGGGUGGAAAAGAGCAAAACUCACCAAUCUACAUCUCCCGCAUCAUCCCCGGGGGCGUGGCUGAGCGACAUGGAGGACUGAAGAGAGGAGACCAGCUUCUGUCUGUCAAUGGAGUGAGCGUGGAGGGAGAGCACCAUGAAAAAGCAGUGGAGCUGCUGAAAGCUGCUAAAGACAGCGUGAAGUUGGUGGUCCGCUACACCCCAAAGGUCUUGGAGGAGAUGGAGGCUCGCUUCGAGAAGCUCCGCACGGCCCGCAGGCGCCAGCAACAGCAGCUACUGAUGCAGCAGCAGCAGCAGCAAAACCUCAACACUCAGCAGAACCACAUGUCGUAGGCUGUUCCAGAAGAAGAAGAAAUAGAGGAUUCGGAGUGAGCUCUGCUAGAUCUCAAAUCCGGCGACCUGCAGCCAUCCAGCAGAAGAGAAAGGAGGGUCAUGCUGUUUUCCAACGAAGACCACCCCUCGUUCAGUGUACUACCUACAGCUUUACAAAGGUCGACAAACCUCUAUGAUCUGUGUCCUGAAACGUAUACACAUUGGUGCUUGGUUUUGGAAAGGACAACAGCAAGAGAAAGAGAGAGAGAGAGAGAGAGCACUUGUUUUAUCUUUUUGUUGUUAACUUUUUAGUUAUCCUUCUCAGCCAGUUGCAAUUUGUGACCCUCUCCAAAGAAAGUCCUUCUCGUAGUUUGUGAUGCUGUAUUUACUUGUGUUCAACUGAAUUUGUUGACAGACCUUUUUUUUAACGUUUUCCCGUUGCCACAGCUUUGUACAAUAACCUCUUGACGGAUUCUUCUGGUGCUUGUGUCUGUGUGAAAGAAAAUUGCUUUUUGUGUCAAACGUGUCUUUGAUCGGAUAAAAGUGAGGUAUUUUAUACCAUAUUGUAGCAAGGAAUAUUUUGUAUAAACAAGGUAGAUUUAGCAAUAACACACUUAAGUUGGUUUUACAUGCAUCAUUGUCAAAUCCUGAGGAAAUUUAAAGGAAUAUAAAGGACACAGAAGCUUAUGAUGGUGCUGCUGUGGUCAUUUAAAGGAUUGCUUGCCCGGAAAUGCUAACAUGGCUAGCAACCAGUGCAAGCUAGCAGGACAGGGAACAAAAGGCAGCAGCUAGCUUGCUAAUUGUCUACUAGCUAACAGCCAACUUUUCAUGCUCUGCUAAGCGUUUGUUGUUAGCUACGUUAGCCAAACUAUUCUUUUUAUCAUAAGAUCUGCCAUCGACUUCAUUUGCACAGAAUGUCCUUAAUGUAAUGUAUAGGCUAGCUGCAGCACCAGUGCUAAUCAAAGAGGUUUCCGUUUAGAAGAUGUCUGGAAACUGUGUGAACGUUAUGUUACGUACAAAGUUCUAAUGCAAUUUUAGAAAUGUGAGGAAACUAUUCACAACAGAAAUCUAAUGAAAAGAUGUUCUAUUUAUGCUAGGUUAAUAUUUAAUAUGAAAGCCUAUACUAUGAAAACUUCCUAUAUUAUUUAUUUGAGGACGAGCAGAAUGUCAAACAGAUAUACGCAAACUUGUAUAUUGUGGUGGUGGUGUUGGUGUUGGGGGGUCAUGACAUAAUAUUUUAUUACUUUUAAAUGGUUAUAUUUUCUAGUUUGUGAUCUCAGAGUUUUCAGCAGGCUAAUAAAUGUGAUGCUACUGUAUUAAAAUUUACUGUAUAUUCUGCAACUAAUAACUGACCACUUAAUCCAAUCAGAUCACCUCCAGCUCUUUUCUGUACACUGUCCACUUUUGACAAUCAUUUGAUUACAUUUGCAUUUAUCUGAUUAUUUUUAAUUUUCCAAACCACAACACUGACAACAAGCAGCCCAUCCCUUAUAUAAAUUAUUGUAUGUCCGCUAAUAACAAAGAACCAUAAGCCGCUUUUCCACUGCAUGGUACUUGCUCGAUUUGACUCUACUCCACUUUUUUUUUUGGUUUUCCACUAGGUCAAUCUGGUGCGUAGUACCUGGUAUCGCAUAGUAUUUUUGGUACUAACUCUGUUGAGUUUCCAAACGAGUUGAGCUGAUAAUAAAAGGUGAUGUAAAAAUGCUACACACUACUGAUUUGUUGGAGAAAAUUGCUUAAUAUGUUCCCUCUUGCGUCGCCUUUGAACAAUCAGAGUUGUUUCGUUGUCUGAAGCCUGAGGUAGCAUUUCCCAAACUCUCCUGUUUUUUUAGCAGUAUUUUAUCAUGCUGCCAUCAGGCUCUUCUGAACAAAAAUUGUCUCUUUCAUGUCUCGGCAGUUUCAUGCGGCAUCGCUAUGAUGACCAGCAACAUUGAGUGGGUACUCUAACUGGAGUAGAAAACAAAGUAGCUGGACUGUGCUAUGCAGUGGAAAAGUGACUAUAGAACAGUAAGUUGAACAGUGGAUAAUCUACAGUAGUCUAAGAUAGUGUUGUAUCUAUAUUACUGUUACUUUGUUCGUUUGGUUUCCUGGUCCGAACCUGAAUAUUUUCUAUUGUUCCUUUGCUGUUGGUAGCCUAUGAGAGAAGUAUUAGUAAGUACAGAUGUUCUUAGUUAAAGCUGGCGAUGCUGUGAAGUUUUGUUUUUGUCCCUCGAUCUGCUGUACGAGCUGUUCAUCUACUGACUUUUCUCCCUUUUUGUAUGUUUACUUAAACACUUUUCUUACGAUGACUUGCAUUUUCAAGACUGGUUAAAACUGUACUUACUAUACAGAGAGACAAAAACAAUACCAGGUGAUAUGCAAUUGUUAUACAUAUUAUAUUUGUAUAAAUAAACAUAUAUGUCCGUGUGCACAACGCCCUGUGUUGUUCCUUAAGAUUCUCAGUGAACCCUGUCAAAAUGGGUGAUAAAAGAUGAAGUUAGGACACAGCAAAUAUAAAAGUGUUUAUGCAUACACUUUUUUUCUCUAAAUAAAACAAAUAAACCAAGUGUAUGUCUGUAACUCCAA